AUGUCGGAGGGCGAGUCCAAGCAGGUGCCCAGCAGCGGCUCCGACCCCAAGCCGGAGCCCGCCUCGUCUGGCCCGGGGAUGACCUCGGUGUCUGCGCCGGUGACUUCCGCGGCGCCCCCAGAGGAGGAGGAGGAGGAGAGCGAGGACGAGUCCGAGAUCCUGGAGGAGUCGCCGUGCGGCCGCUGGCAGAAGCGGCGCGAGGAGGUGAACCAGCGCAAUGUCCCGGGGAUUGACAGUGCCUACCUGGCCAUGGACACCGAGGAAGGUGUGGAAGUUGUCUGGAAUGAAGUUCAGUUUUCUGAGCGGAAGAACUUCAAGCUUCAGGAGGAAAAAGUUAAAGCGGUGUUUGACAACUUAAUUCAGCUGGAUCAUCUCAACAUUGUGAAGUUCCACAAAUACUGGGCUGAUGUCAAAGAGAACAAGGCCAGGGUGAUCUUCAUCACUGAGUACAUGUCUUCAGGGAGCUUGAAACAGUUCCUGAAGAAGACAAAGAAAAACCACAAAACUAUGAAUGAAAAGGCAUGGAAGCGGUGGUGUACCCAGAUCCUCUCUGCUCUCAGCUACCUCCACUCCUGUGAUCCUCCCAUCAUCCAUGGCAACCUGACCUGUGACACCAUCUUCAUCCAGCACAACGGACUGAUCAAAAUUGGGUCAGUCUUUCAUAGGAUAUUUGCUAAUGUGGCGCCGGACACAAUUAACAACCACGUGAAGACCUGUCGUGAGGAGCAGAAGAACCUGCACUUCUUUGCCCCGGAAUAUGGAGAAGUUGCCAAUGUCACCACUGCUGUGGACAUCUACUCCUUUGGGAUGUGUGCACUGGAGAUGGCAGUGCUGGAGAUCCAGGGGAACGGGGAGUCCUCCUACGUGCCGCAGGAAGCCAUCAACAGUGCCAUCCAGCUGCUGGAGGACCCCCUGCAGCGGGAGUUCAUUCAGAAGUGUCUAGAGCAGGACCCUGGCAGGCGCCCCACGGCCCGGGAGCUCCUGUUCCACCAGGCGCUCUUCGAGGUGCCAUCGCUGAAGCUCUUGGCUGCUCACUGCAUCGUUGGGCACCAGCAUAUGAUUCCUGAAAAUGCUUUAGAAGAAAUGACCAAAAACCUCGACAUGAACGCAGUGCUGGCAGAGAUCAACCACGAGGACAGGGAAGGAGUCAAGAUGAUCUUCUCACAGUCUCCAGCACUGGAGCUGGACAAGUUCCUGGAGGAUGUGAGGAAUGGAAUCUAUCCCCUCACAGCCUUUGGGAUGCCACGACCCCAGCAGCCCCAGCAGGUCGUGGUGAAAUCUCCCAUUGCUCCCCCGUCGGUGAAAACCCCAACUCCAGAGCCCGCUGAGGUGGAGACCCGCAAGGUGGUGCUGAUGCAGUGCAACAUCGAGUCUGUGGAGGAAGGCGUGAAGCACCACCUGACACUGCUGCUGAAACUGGAAGACAAGUUGAAUCGACACUUGAGCUGUGACCUUCAGCCCAAUGACAACAUCCAGGAGCUGGCAGCUGAACUGGUCCAGCUGGGAUUCAUCAGCGAGGCUGACCAGAGCAGACUCACCUGUUUACUUGAAGAGGCAUUUAGCAAGUUCUACUACACUCGGAACGGAGCCCUGACGGCCGUGACUGUGUCAUCUUAGCCCCGUGGCUCCUGGGCAGCCAGCGUGGCCUUGCUGCCUGCGGCCCAUCUGUGUCUGCCCACCGCUGUCGGGCACCCGCAAGACCCCAGCUGCAGUGCUUGGAAGCUCAUCCUGCAUGUGCCGUGGCUGGGCUCAUCGACAGUCCUCCCUGCCCGCCUCCUGAAGGGGACUUUGCGCAUCAGUAUUAUUUCCAGCCCUGUUUUUGUUGGGAUUUGCCAGGUUGUGCUGCGGAGCUGAGGCCUGGCUUGGGGCGUUCUGCAGCCCCACUCAUGUGCAUGGAGUUUGUUCUGUUUGAAUUGUACAAAGUGUCUUUUGCACAGCACAGAAAUGGGUUUUUUCUUUCCUCUUUUUUUUUUUUUUUUUUUAAUUUAAAGGUAAGCAGGGGUGAGCCCCUAAGCCCUGCACCCCCUGUCACUCCCCCCAUUCCCGCGCCUUGGGCCCAGGGGUGGCCGAGCUCGUCUCCCCUCCCCGCCCGGCGCUUCGCUCCCGCCGCCGGCUGCACUUUGUUUACUGGUUCGCCCCCGCCCGGGGUCACGGCGUGUGCAGGCCCCGGGCUGCGGCCCCGCGGCCCCGGCAGCCCCCGGCCCUCCCGGGGCCUCCCGGGGCCGCAGCGGCUCCGGGGCCCAGUGUCGUCCUGGCGCGCGGCGGGGCCGAGCCGCGGCUCCUGCAUCUCAUUUCUAUCAUUUCCUAUUUUUAAUAAACUGUUUUGUAAA